AUGGCUCUGCAAGCUCUCUUCUCACCUUUCCUUGUCUCUACAACCCUCCUCUUCCCUCUUCAUUCAUCAAAAAUUCCUGUUACCCUUCGUAACUCUAAAUCUACUCGUUGUGUUGCAAAUGUUAUAACUGUUGAUGAUCACACAAUUACUAGACGAUCAGCAAAUUACCUGCAAAGUGUCUGGGACUAUGAUUUUGUUCAAUCACUUACUAGUGAUUACAACGAAGAGAAAUAUGUGAGACAAGUUGAUAAGCUAAAAGAUGACGUAAAGUGCCUCAUUAAUGGGGUGAUGGACCCGUUGGCUAAGCUUGAGUUGAUCGACGUUAUUCAAAGACUGGGAUUAAAGUAUCUAUUUGAGACCGAGAUCAAAAAAGCACUAGAUAUCAUAUAUAAAGAUAGUAAUAUUGCAUGGUUAAGUGAUGAUCUAUUUGCAAUAGCCCUCCGAUUUAGGCUCCUGAGACAACAUGGUUAUAAUGUACCCCAAGGUGUGUUUGAAAGGUUUAGGGACGAGACAGGUAAUUUCAAGAGAAAUCUUUUUGAGGAUGUGGAGGGGCUAUUGAAUUUGUACGAAGCCUCUUUCUUUGGUCUAGAAGGUGAAGAUAUCAUUGAUCAGGCCAAGGCUUUUACGACGACACAUUUGAAAGGUAUCAUCAGAGACAUACCGCCAAGCAUGUCCAGAAAAGUAGUUCAUGCUUUGGAUAUGCCUUUGCAUUGGAGAUUGACAAGAGUGGAAGCUAGAUGGUUCAUCGAUGCAUAUGAGCAAGAACAAAACAUGAACCCACCUUUGUUACUGCUGGCUAAGUUGGAGUACAACAUAGUGCAAGCCAUUCAUCAGAAAGAAGUUAGCAAGUUAGCAAGCUGGUGGGUGGAUAUGGGCUUGGACAAGAUCAGCUUUGCCAGAGACAGACUUGUAGAACACUACUUUUGGUGCAAUGGUAUCCUAUUUGAACCACAGUAUAUACCCUUUCGACUUAUGGCAACGAAGAUAAUAUGCUUAAUUACUACUAUAGAUGAUGUAUAUGAUCUCUAUGGCACAAUGGAAGAAAUCGAACUUUUUACAGAUUUUGUUGACAGAUGGGAUAUUAAUGAAAUUGACAAGCUUCCCCAGAACAUAAAAACGUGCCUUCUUGCCAUGUAUAAUACUAGCAAUGAAAUUGGGUAUUGGACACUGAAAGAGCGACGCUUCAACAUCAUCCCUUAUCUAAGCGAAGCGUGGGCAGAUCUCUGUAAAGCAUACUUGAAGGAAGCAAAGUGGUACUAUGGUGGAUACAAGCCUACGUUGGAAGAAUAUCUUGAAAAUGCAAAGGUUUCCAUAGCAGCGCCUCUCAUGCUAUUAUGUAGUUACUUCCUAACCACAGAUAAAAUCACUAAGGAGGCAUUGGAUCAUCUAGAUGAGCUUCCAAGUAUCAUGCGUUCCGCCAGCUUGCUUCUUCGACUUGCCAAUGAUUUGGGAACAUCAUCGGACGAGUUGGCCAGAGGAGAUAUCCUCAAGGCUGUUCAGUGUUACAUGAAUGAAACUGGUGCAUCUGAAGAAGUUGCUCGUGAAUACAUAAACAAUUUAGUCCAUGAAAUAUGGAAGAAAAUUAACCGAGAUAUGCUCAACCACUGUCCUUUCUCUGAACCAUUUUUAAGUGCCAAUCCAAAUAUUGCUCGGACUGCUCAAUGCUUUUACCAAUAUGGAGAUGGACAUGGUGUGCCAGACAGUUGGACAAAGGAUCAUCUGAUUUCCUUACUAGUCCAACCGAUUGCUUUAAACUAGUGGUGAAUAGAAUGCUUGACUCUUGAGUCAAGCAGCAUAAUAAUUAUCAAAUAACUUCAAGUCUUACCAUUUCGGUGUAAUGCUUGACUCUUGAAUGUGGAAUAUUUGUUGUGCUGGCGUG